CACAACUCGGAAGCUCUUUUAUGCUUCCGCUAUUGAUGUUAGCAGUUCUUUUGCUACCCUCUGAAAAUAUAACGAUAAAAGGGGUUUCUUUCGUAAAAUAUAUAGAAUGCAAAAUCACUGCGCUGUGCCGAACUGUCCCAGUGGCAAAUCUGACCCUCAGCCUCUCUUCCGGUUCCCGAAUGAUGCAGAAAGGUCCAAGAAGUGGGCUGAAAAAUGCCAGAGGCAAGACCUCAUUGACAGAUCACCAGAGCACCUGUACAGAUACUACAGAGUUUGUGGGAAACAUUUUGAAACGUCUUUGAUUGACAGUGAUGCUCAGAGUACAGUGCUGAAGGAUGAUUCCAUACCAACUAUUUUUGAUAUGUCAAGCCAACCUCAGAAUGGACAGGCGAAGCGCACUAAACAGACGACCAAAGACAAUGAAAUGGAAAGUAAGGGAAGGAAGAAAAUGAAAAAGUCUCAAGCAGCAACAGCUAAGGAAGACAUCCCAACGUUAUCAGAGGAAGAAGAAUACAAAGAGUAUCUGAAGUCAUUAUUUGAAGUCCUUCUCCUGCUGGCAGAGCAAAGCAUUCCUCCUACAGGGCCUGCUAAUAAUGACCAAGGCCUUGGGUCCAGCAGCUUUCAGGCAUUGCUAGAUAUUCGCAUCAUGUGUGGAGAUGAAGUCCUAAAGAAGAGGUACAAUGAAAAUAAGGAGUGCUGCUCCACCGAACAACUGAAUCAGCUGAUUGAGGUGUGUGAGAAAUUCAUCCGCAGUAAGCUUGUGGAGGAAAUUAAACAAAGCAGUUUUUUCUCUUUACUCACUGGUGAUCCAGUGAAGAUCUCUGGAGAAUGGCAGCUCCCUGUCUUUGUUCGCUAUGUGGACGAGUCUAACUUUCAGAGGGAAAGGUUUGUCGGAUUCUUGAGCUUCGAAGGAGAUGGGGAUAUCCUUGCAGAGAAGCUCCUGUCUGAAAUGACUGACAAAUGGGAAUUAGAUAUGGAAAAGUGUAGAGGACAAGCCCACUCGUGCUCAGGGACGCAUUUUAAUCAAAUAAAAAUAUUGGCUGCCAAACUAAUGGAGAUGCAUCCGAGGGCUGUGCUCACACUGAGCUCCAGGCAGUCCUUGAACAUGUCACUGGCCAGUGGUUUGGCUUCGUCAGGGGUUCAGCUUGUCAUGUUUACCUUUAAGAAGAUUGAGUCUUUUUUCGGUCAGUCCCCGUUACUGCAGCUGGAGCUCGAGAACGCAAUUUCAAUUUUCUACCCUGACAACGAGGAGAAAGCCAACGAACUGAAAGAGAUCUGUCGCACCGGAUGGACCAGAAGAAAUGAUGCGUUUGAAGUGGCAGUGGAUAUCCUGGAGGCACUGCUACUCUGUGUAGACAGCGUGCAUGACAAUGAAGAUAUGAAAUGGAGUGAUCAAGUCUCACAAAACGCUUUAGAGAUUUCAAAAGCACUGACCGACUUUGAGUUCGUGAUGGCGUUGGUUGUGCUGAAAAACGUGAUGACGCUCACCCAACCCUUUGGGAAAAAUAUACAAGGGAACGCAACAGAAAGCCAUUUAGCUGCAGUCAGUUUAAAAGCUGUGUUGCAUUCUCUGAAAGAGGUGUCUGACAACAUCGACGUGUAUCACGAAUUCUGGAACGAUGAGGCUCUUACCAUAGCUGCAACCAUGGAAAUUUCAGCAAAGCUUCCUCGGUCGUUCUUGAGGAAGCAUCAGGCAGAAUGUGGAUCCAUUCGGCCAGAGAGUUACUACAAGGAACACCUGUCUGUUCCUGUGGUGAAUCACACCAUCCGAGAAAUGAAUCGGCUCUUCUGUGAAGACCACCUGAAGCUUCUCAGGUGUCUGUCGCUGAUCCCUGCUGUCAUAGAGCAGCACAAAUCCACAGAGCCCGAAGAGGUGAAUGUGCAGGCAUUUAAUAAUGACAUCCCAAAUGCAGGAACCCUCUCUGCAGAGUUGCACUGUUGGUGGGUUAAAUGGAACAAAAAGGGAAAAGGUGAAACUUUUCCCUCCAGUCUCCAUGAAACACUGCAGCUGGCUGACGUCAAGUUCUUCCCAAACAUGCUGGCAGUAUUCAGACUGAUCGGAGUCCUGCCUACCUUGGCUUUGGAGGACAGCUGCAACGUGGCACACAAGCGCUUCACAAUGUACAUGGAGAACACGCCUGACAGAUUUAAAUCCAAAAGCCUUGCUCUUUUGAACAAUAACUAUGAUGUUGGGUUUGAUCUGGAUUCAUUGGUCGAUACCUACAUGAAGACAUACCCUGAGGUGCAGCAGGAGUCGUAGUCGGGAAUCACGCUCGGCGGAGCAGAGACAGGUGUUAGAUACUUCCUAACACAUACAAGCGUCGCUGUGCUGGCUCCAGAAACUGAAGACAAAAUGACAAGUUCACCAUCUUGUUUUGCCCAUGUCGGCCCUCCAUUUACAGGAAAACGGCCUCCUACGCUGCAGCGUGGCUGCUUGGUGAACGUUGAGUGCAGCCCUGAACUCUGAAGUUCUAGUUUAAAAUUUUUUUGUUAUGUAGAAACGAGAGAAGUGGUCUGAACCCCAACCCUUUAUACUCUGUGCUCCAGUCAGUCUUGCUGUUUAUGCUAUAUUUAUGUAAUCUGGCUUUGGGGGGAAAAAAUGGAAAGAUUCCAACAUCAUCAGAUAAAUUACUGAUCAAGAUCUCAGCAGUCUCGCUACAGUUUCUUGUUCCAAACUGUAUCUUUGGUAGAAUAUGAAUACAUAGUUUUGUAAGCUCUGUUAAAGCAGGUAAGGUUGUUCAGCUAUAAAUCCCUCCCUGAAUGUGUCAGUAAAGAAUUGGGCUCUUUGAUUUUUUUUUUACAUUUUGUCAUCCUGAACAAAAUUUCAAAUGCUGAUUCAGCUAUGCUGGUGCUUUGGAGAUACACUGUACCUACCA